AUGGGGCCACAACCAGCUUUACCCAAACGCCAAGGCCCCCAAGGGCCAGCCCCAAACAGCGAGGAAGAGGCCACCCCGCUAGGGGCCGGGGGACUUUCCCCCGGGGGAGGCUCCACCCGGGGGAAACCCGGCCCCCGGGGCCACCCCCUGGGCCCCGGGCCCUCCUCUGGGAACCAAAACCCCUCCCGGAAAAGGACCGGGAAUUUUAAAAGGGGCCAGGCCAAACCCCCUGAGGCCCCCGGGACCAAACCCCUGAAUCCUCCUCCAAAGGGAAUCCUGGGAACCCGGGCUGGCCCCGGAGCUUCCGGGCCCUUCUGGGGGGCCGUGACCUCUGGGAAGAAGGGUUGGGGCCCCUUUCCCCCCCCUGGAGCUGCUGGGGUGCUCGAGGCUGCUGUCCGGGGGCCCACCCGGGGCACCCAGGAGGUCCGGCUGGGUGGGGCCUGGGCCGGGGGCCCGCCCGGCCCGGGCUCCCCGCGUGGGGUCGGGGGGGGCCGUGCCUUUCGCCCCCGGGCCGCGGGGGGCCCCCGGGCCCGGGGGCCUUGGGGGGGGGGACCCCAAAGGUUUCUCCCCCCGGUCGCCCCCGUCCUCCCUUCCGGGCCCCCGGGCCCCCGGGGGCCUGGAGGGGUUUACCCCCGGGCCCCCGGGCCCCCAGGGUCGGCCCGGGGGGCCCCCCGGCCCCCCGGGGCCCCCCCGGGGGCCGGAGGGGUGGGAGGCCCCCGGUGCCCUUUAGGAGCCCCCGCUCCUCCCCGGCCCCUGGCCCCCCGGGGGCCCGGAAAGGGGGUGGCGAGGCCCCCUGCUCCUCAGGGGCCCCCCUUUCCCGGCCCUUGGGCCCCCCGGGGGCCUGGGGGUGGAGAGGGCCCCGGGCCCCGGAGGCCCCGGCCCCCUCCGGCCCCCGGGCCCCCGGGGGGUGGAGGGGGGCCCGAGGGGCCCCCGGGCUUCCCCGGAGUCGCCCCCCCGGGCCCCCCGGGCCCCCCUGGGGCCUGGGGGGGUGAGCAGAGGCCCCAGGUGCUCCUCAGGAGUCGCCUCCCCUCUUCCAGGCCCCCCGGCCCCCCUGGGGGCCUGGAGGAGGGAGCAGAGGCCCCAGGUGCUCCUCAGGAGUCGCCCCCUCCCUCCAGGCCCCCCUGGCCCCAUGGGGGCCUGGAGGAGGUGAGCAGAGGCCCCCCGGUGCUCCUCAGGAGUCGCCCCGCCUCCCCCAGGCCCCGUGGCCCCCCUGGGGGGGCCCGGAGGAGGGGGCCUUGGGGGGAGGUGGCGGGCCCCGGUCUCCCCCCCCGGGCGCCCCUGGGGGCCUCCCCCGGGCCCCCCUGGGGGCCCCCUGGGGGCCCGGGGGGAGGCCCCUGGCCCCCCCUGGGGGCCGGGAGGGUGGGGCCCCGGGCCCCAGGGGGCUCCCAGGGGGGUUCCCCCUCUGGCCCCCCCCAGGGCCCCCGUGGCCCCCAUUUUGGGGGGCCGGGGGGGGGGUUUGGAGCAGAAGGCCCCGGGCCCUCCCGGAAUUUGGGGCCCCCCCCCAAGGGCCCCCGUGGGCCCCAUGGGGGCCCCGGGGGAGGGGGCCAGGGCCCCAGGGGCUCCUCGGAUCGCCCCCGGGGGAGGCCCCCUUUUUCCUCCCCAGGCCCGGGGCCCGAGGGAGAAGCUGGGCUCCCUUGCUCACCCCCCCUGGGGUUUUGGGCCGGCGGGGGGCCCCCGGGGCCCCCGGGCCCCCCCGGGCGGCCCUGGUCCUGCCCCUUUUGGCCCCCGGUGGGGGCCGCGGGCCCCCCAGGCCCCGGGCCGGGCCCCGGGGGCGGCGGUGUUCAGGGGUCGGCCCCCUCCCCAAGGCCCCCGGGCCCCCCCUGCGUUUGUUCCCCGGCGGCGGACCCCCUUCCCCGGGGGACCCGGGGUUUUGGGGGCCCGGGCCCGGGGAGCCCGGCCGGUGGCCCGCCCCCUCCCCCCUGA